AUGAACAAGAGCAUUGUACCAGCCUCAAAACAACUCGUGAAAUUGAUCAAGAGAAAUCCAAACACUGUGUUUGUUCCUUCGGCUAACGCUGGAGUCAGAUUCCUCCACAUUCAAAACAAGACACCAGGCUUCUUUGAUCAAGUUUCUGGAAUUUACUCUACACCAGGCUUCAAGCUCUCCAUGAAACCUUUGGAGUUCCGUGGUGGCCAACCUUUGUGGUAUACCAACUUUUUGGGUGGUAUCAUUAUUGCCAUCCCAGUUGCUGCUGGUAUUUUCUUCUCUCUCUUCUCAUUGUUCUGGUACACUUUCUUUGAUUCACAAACUACCUUGUCGAGAUCCAACCCUCAUCCUUUCCUCAUGGUUAAGAAUGGAGCUGACUCUCAAGCCUCAGUGAACCCACUCUUCAGAUUCUGCUAUCCAUUCGGUCCUCAAGCUUCCGAUUUCAAGACCUUGUUCCAAAACGAACUGAACAGAGCAAAGAACAAGCAAAUCUAA